UUCGCCCCCCCUUGAACUCCUUCAGCAUCGCCAUCGCCACAUCGCUCAGAGUCCUUCUUCCAUCGACUAUUCACUGAAAACAUUGGAGAAAAUUCUACAAUCGAGCACAGCACGAAGAGGAUGAUGAUGACGGAGAUGGUGGCCGUGCAUGUGUUUGCAGUGGACGAGACACUGGUGCCGGUGCCGGUGAAGGUGGCGAGGCAGCAAUUGGAGAACCGAGUGGUGCAACACGGUGACGUGGUGUCACUGCCAGACCCGUUUCUUGGAACACGGCGAUACCUGCUCGCCCUCACAGCAGCACCAGCAGCCACGACAGCUGCCACGACAGCAGCAGGUGAUGAUGGCGAUGAAGGGGAUGAGGGCGGCAAGGGACAUGUAGUAGCACCAGUAGCAGCAGUACCAAAGACCUCAGUGGUGCAGGGUAGCAUUGCGCUGCAAGCGCGAACAAUGCACAGUGUCCGCACAUACCACAGAAUACACCCGUGUCACCACAGCCUGCGUAGCUUGCCCGAUGCCGUAUUUCAAGAGCAUGUGGCACCCCUCAUCCCGACGCGCCCCGUCUCCCCUCUGGAUGAUGCCGCUCCACUCGUCUUUGGCCCCGUGUUUCAAGACCUACAAACCGUGCUCAAGCACGUGUUGUUAACGCCUUGGGCAGAGGUGGGCGAACAACCCUCAAUGCACAGCGUGCUCGUCUCUGGCACAGGUGCCAAUUAUGAACCCGAGCUUACCCUCGCCGUAUGCCACAGUCUAGGCCUUGCUGUUGUGGACAUCCAUGAGUUUGAGCACCUCUCCGUGGGGUCGCUGACACAUGCACACAAGCUGGCGUGUCACAGCGCGCCGUGUGUUCUCUGGCUUCCAGACCUCGAUCUCCUCUUCCCGCACCAAAAGGACAUUGAAGCUGAAACAGCGCACGAGAUGGACUUGCUCCGAUCCAUCCUAUCUGAACCAGCACAUGGUGUACUCGUCUGCGCGCAAACAGCAGCACACAGGGCCGUACACGAGUUUGUACGCGAUGAGUUUGACCUCGUCCUCGAUGUCACGAAACCGUCGCGUGAUCAGCGCUCUGCCCUCUUGACUGCACGGCUGGAGCGUGGUGGCAGUGAUGCGUUUCCUGCGCGCGUGCUGGCAGCAGUGUCUGCCGCGACCAACGGGUGCACGAUGGUGCAGCUCGAGACAGCAGCCCGCGCCUGUCGCAGGUGGUACGCGCAAGAAAAGGCCCACAACAACGGCACCAAAGCUGAUGGUAACGGUGGUGGUGAUGUUGGUGACGAAGACGAUGAUGAUGAUGACGAUGAUGAGUUGUCGGCGCUUGCAUCGGCUCUCAACGCUGUCCGCCUGCACGUCGUGGCCUCGCGACUCACAGCUAGCGCGGCGUUGAAGGCGCUGGUCGGGAUGGAUGAUGUGCUGGCGGCCCUUCGUCGCGACUUUGCAUAUUUUCUGCAGCAGGACGGGAGCCCUCUGCGCGUGCCGCCACCUGUCGCGGUGACCAUCACGGGGCCACCCGGCUGUGGAAAAUCACUGCUCUGCCGCAACAUCGGAGCUGUCCUCGGCGUCAACACCAUCAGCCCCUCCCUCGCGCACAUCGUCAAGGGAGAGGUUGGCGAGUCUGAGCGACAGAUCCACGGCGUGUUUGAGGAAGCGCGUCGCAACAGCCCUUGUUUCAUCGUCUUCGAUGACAUGGCAUCUCUCUUUCUUCGCUCCACCUCCGGCGAACGCGUGGUCUCAUCAGGGAUUUUGUCACAAGUUGUUGCUGAGAUGGAUGCCAUCUUGUCUUCAAACUACCGGGCCCUGCGCGCAGGGGCGGAGUGCAUGCUGGUGACGGCUGUGUUUGUGGCGGGAGAUUCGGGACAACUGGCAGAGGAGCUGACAGCGGCGUCACGCUGCUUCAGCAACUACACCCUCUCCCUGCCCACCCUCGACCAACGCAUUGCCCUCCUUCGCGCUUUCCUCAGCAGAGCACACAUGGAUGUUCCUGAAACGCAAAUCCUUGACGCCGCCAACGCUUUGGAUGGCGCGUCGCCGGCCGAGCUGGAACGUGUGGUCAAUGACUAUGUGCGUGUUGCUGUCCUCGAUCCAGCACUGCCCUUCUUCCUUCCUGAAUUCAGGCUCGAAUAAUCCCAGCCAAAUCAUGUAAAAAUAUAUGCGA